AUGGGGGACAGCUCUAAUCGACCAGAAGGCGAACGUCUUCUCGGAAUCGCAGAGAAGCUUCUCGAGUCUCGAGAUCUGAGCGGCUCAAGAGAGUUCGCCAUUCUAGCUCAAGAGACAGAGCCGCUUCUCGAAGGCACCGAUCAGAUACUCGCGGUGGUCGACGUCUUACUCGCCUCCGCGGCGGAGAAUCGCGUCAACAAUCAACCAAACUGGUACCUAAUCCUUCAGAUCGAAGAUCCAAACGAAUCCUCCACGGACAACGACCUGAUCAAGAAGCAGUACCGUCGUCUCGCUCUCCUCCUCCACCCGGACAAAAACCGUUACCCUUUCGCCGAUCAAGCCUUCAGAUUCGUCCUCGAUGCAUGGGAAGUCUUGUCGACGCCGUCGAAGAAGUCCCAAUUCGAUCGCGAUUUGAAUCUCAUCUUCACGAGAGUGGAUCUCAACAACAACAACAACAACCAGAGGAAGAAGAACUCCACAAGCGAGAGGAUGGCGACGUUUUGGACGGCGUGUCCCUACUGUUACGGCCUUCACGAGUAUCCUAGGGUUUACCAAGAGUACUGUAUCAGAUGCCAAAACUGCCAGAGAGCGUUUCACGCGGCGAGUAUCCCGCAGUUGCCUCCGUUGGUGCCUGGCAAAGACGAGUAUUACUGUUGUUGGGGCUUUUUCCCGAUGGGGUUCGUCGGAGGCAAAGGAGGAGAAGAAGCAGCAGCUGCUAAUGGAGGAGGAGAUACAACGAAAUUCCCAAAUUGGAUGCCUCCGGUCUUCUCCUCCGGCCAAAACCCCACAGUUAACGGCGGCGUUGCGACAGCUCCUCCGAGUGUUAACGGCGGCGGAUACGCUGCGGCAGCAGGUGUUACUCCUCCUCGUGCUGUUGGUUCGUCUCACGGUGUUCCGAUUAGCUUUGAUGGAUGGUCAGGUGGUGCGGCGACGAGGAGCAACAAUGGCGGAGUUAACUCAGAUGGAUUGCCGAUGAAGAGAGGAAGAGGAAGGCCGAAGAAGAAUCAGGUUUAG